AUGAAGUUCCUCAAGGUCGGCCGCGUAGCCAUUGUCACCCGAGGCCGAUAUGCCGGAAAGAAGGUUGUCAUCAUCCAACCAAUGGAUUCAGGCACCAAAGCACACCCAUUCUCGUACGCCCUCGUCGCAGGAAUCGAGCGAUAUCCCUCCAAAGUCACCCGUCGCAUGGGCAAGAAACGGGUCGAGAAGCGAUCCAAAGUCAAGCCUUUCAUCAAGAUGAUCAACUACAACCACAUCAUGCCCACUCGAUACACAUUGGAGCUGGAAGGAUUGAAAAACGUGAUCUCAAACGACACAUUCAAGGAAGUUUCCCAGAGAGAGGAUGCCAAAAAGAACGUGAAGAAGGCACUGGAGGAGAGAUACCUGAGCGGGAAGAACAGAUGGUUCUUUACACCGCUGAGGUUUUAG